GCUAUUGUUUACAAAUGGAGAAACUGGCAGUAUGAGAUGCUACAGCUGUUGGCUCAAAGGGAAAAGGUCAUUGUUGGAGGAGAUAUGAGGGCUGACUCACCAGGGCACUCUGCCAAAUAUGGCAGUUACACAAUAAUGGACCUUGAGACAAACACCGUUGUUGAUGUACAACUCGUCCAGAGUAAUGAAGUGGGAGGAAGUUACCACAUGGAAAAGGAAGGUUUGAAGAGAGGUCUUGACUUUUUGGAUGCUCGUGGAGUGACUCUGGACUGCAUUGUGACUGACCGACAUCCGCAAAUACAAAAAUUCCUCAGGGAACGCAAUGUCAACCAAUUCUAUGAUGUCUGGCACAUAGAGAAAGGAAUUUCAAAGCAGCUGGAAAAAGUGUGCAAGUUGAAGGGUUGUGAGAAAAUACGUAAAUGGUUGCAUAGUAUAAAAAACCACAUCUAUUGGACUGCUGCAUCAUCAAGCAGUGGACCUGAAAGAGUGGCUAAAUGGACGUCUAUGCUAAACCAUAUGCAAAAUAAGCACACACAUGAAGACAGCAAUUUUCCAGCAUGUCUACAUGGAACAAGGAGAAGUCGAGACACAAAAAAGUGGCUAGCUGCUGGAACACUGCCAUAUCUCAAGUUGGAGAAAGUUCUCUCCAACAAGAGAAUUGUGAAGGAUGUUGCCAAGCUAAGUCCGCACUAUCAGACUUCUUCUAUCGAGGUUUUCCACAGUGUAAUACUACGGUUUACACCAAAAAAUGUGGUUUUUCCAUUUCUGGGAAUGUUGUGCAGACUAUACCUGGCUGCACUACAUUACAAUGAGAAUGCCGGGCGUCCUCAAGCCACAACAGCAGCUGCUCGACCGGUGUUCAAAGUGACCUUUCCAAAGGCCAAGAAGGGAGAAUACCGGGUCAGAGAAGUUAAGACACAAGCAACAUUCAGAUAUGUGGAUGACCUGCUGGACCUCAUAUUUGAUAAAGUCUUUGUGGAUCCUGCACCAUAUGUGGAUGAUGUUUUGAGGAUACCAAUACCACCAGCAUUGUGUGCAGAGUUUGACCGGCCAGAGAAGGAGGAGGCCAUCUCUAGUAGGGUAUCUCGCUUUAAUCAAUAGGUGGUC